AUGCCAAACACAUGGGGCGCACCGGUCCUUUGUGAUUUUGGCUCGGCCGUUACCGGGGAUAUAGAGCAUACAGAGGAUAUCCAGCCCGAUAUAUACAGAGCGCCAGAGGUUAUCCUGGAAGCACCAUGGCCAUAUGAGGUCGACAUAUGGAAUACAAGCUGCAUGAUCUGGGAUCUCUUCGAAGGUGGUCACUUAUUUACAGGACGGGAUCCUGAAUAUCAGACGUAUCGCAGUCGAGCGCAUCCUGCCGAGAUGAUUGCAUUGCUUGGACAACCUCCGCAGGCGCUUCUUCAGUCAGGCAAGUCAAGGCAUAAAUUCUUUACGGAUCAAGGGGAUUUCUGUACAGAUAUUCUCCUCCUAGAUAGAAUAUCGCUCAAGGAAAAAGAGACCAGCCUGGAAGGGGAAAGUCAAAGGAGAUUCCUCGUUAUGAUGCGAAAGAUGCUCCAAUGGGAUCCUUCGCAGCAUUCCUCAGCGAAGGCGCUGGCCGAAGACGAAUGGAUCAUGGAGCAUAUGUAA